UCAUUUCAUGUCACCAGAAGCUGUAAUCAAAAGGCCCAACUAUGAGUGACACGGAAGAUGAGAUUAUGGAAGUAAUUGAGGACUCACCAUAUCGGGCAAAGGUGCAGCAGCUGCGUGCUUGGGCUCCCUUUGUCGGGACAUUGAUGACGAUCUUCAGGCAUAAGAUGACCGAAGAUAAGUGGAUAAAACUGAAAAACCUGGAGAGCGACAUGUCGUCGGCGAUGUUUGCGUGCUAUACCGAGUCCAGACUGACAAGAUUGGAGACUAUGCUUAACGAAGCCAAGAUCAAAUAUGACAGUUUAUAUCAUCACACUCAGUUGAUCGUGAUUGAUGACGAUGCUUAUCUUCCACAACAGGCUUUGCGUUGGCAGUAG